UGUUCGUGUAUUAGAAAACCAUGUCUGUGAUCGGAACUAUUUAUGAAGAUGUAACAACAGAUGUGUUGGGAAAAAUCGGUUCUUGGCAAUGGCUCGUGACAUUUGUCUCAGCUUCACACAUGAUGCUCGCUAUGUUUAAUCAAUACGAAGACAUCUUCCUGCUUCGACCUUCAGAAGUGUAUUGUAUAUUGCCUCACGACGAAUACACAAUAAUAAAUUCAAGUCUAUGUGUCGUAACUUUUCAAAACAAUGGCACCGAAGACUAUAGAUGUAAUAAGUGGCAUUUAAAAUUUUUGUGGUUCAUUUGGCUGAAAAAGACGUGGCUCGUAUUUUGUGAUCAAAAAAUGAAGUUGCUGUCAACGGCUAUCAUAAGUCGUUUUGGUUUAGUCUUUGGGUUUAUCAUAUUCGGGCUGAUCGCAGACAGUUGUGGAAGAAGAAUGGCUAUUCUAUUGGAUGUGAUUACGGAACUAAUCCUUGGCUUGGUAAUCACGUUCUGUGAUUCAGAAGGAUGGUUUCGUCUCAUAGCCUUCUUGAGAUCGCUGUUAGGAAGCGCCAGUUUCUUCAUGGGCCUUGUACUGGUUUGCGAGAUAGCGAGCAACAGUUGGCGUUCAUGGCUAUGUGUUAUAGUGAUGUUCCCAAGAUUAUUGGCCCUAGCAUGCUUAGUCCCCAUAGCAAACAGUGCGCCGAACACGGAAACAUACAGUUUUAUUUCUUGCAUUUACGCAGUUAUAUGUAUGUUAAUGCUUCUAAGGUGGAGCUCCGAAUCACCUCAAUGGCUGUUGUAUAACAGAAAAAUAUACAUCGCAGAAACGAUUCUACUAAAAGCCGCAAAAACAAACGGCAUCAAACUCUACCAGGAUUUCAAGAUAAGGCCUGUUAACAACAGAGCGUAUGACACGUUGGACGAGACCAACACAUGCAUCAAAAUGAUAUCAACGCAUAACGUACGAAUUCUGUUCUUCGCAUGCAUUUCAUUUUGGAUGCUGUACUAUUUUAUAUGGAGCUCAGUUUAUGUAAGAUUAUAUAGUGAUCAGGAUAUCGAAUACUCAUUGUGGACAAUAUUAUGCUUCGUCAUUAUACUAGGGUGCCUGACAAAAUAUUCAUCUGCAAAGUUGAAGAUGCGAUACUUAUUGAUGAUGCAUAUUUUUAUAACAGGCGUUUGUACUGCAGUCAGUACGUAUACGUAUAAGAGCCCCAUCAGCAGCUUCGUAUCGUCCUUAGCAUUAAGUUCAGGACUUAUUGCACAUUCACUGAUACUAAACAUAACACCUCGUCUAUUUGCCAUCAACAUACGAGCAACAGUGGUUGGUUGCUGCUAUGCGACCGGCCAAAUAGGGUCCAUAAUCAGCUACCUUCUAUUUCUGUUCCAACCACUAAGUAACACUUUUCUAAUGGUGAUAGAAUUCUUAGUUACGCUAAUUGUUAUUGGACUAUUAUUUAUGUUUCCUGACGUGGAUAAACGGGAGUUGCCAGAUGUUUUGAAGGAUAUGGAUUAUUUCUCUGAAUUAUCAAAACCACUGCGAUGGGUCAGUCAAAAGACUAAUUCACCAUCGUUAGAGGAGAUGGAACUAAGAGUUCAUUCUUUUGGAAGUGCUGCCUAUCGUGCCUCUACGUCCAUUGCCUCAGAAGUAUUAGCUCCUGCACAGCAAAUAGGCUUCGUCAGACUAUGGAGAGCUUUCAUCAACUACGUACGUCGAAAGUGUUGCAAAAAAAUAAACCCAAACAUAAGUUAAAAUAUUAAAAUUUAUUAUUCAGUAACUUAACAAACAUUAAAAAUGUACAUUGCAAUUACAUUUUAUUUCUUAGUCAUAAUUAUCGUGUCCUUUGCACAAAUUA